CAGUCCCCGCAGAGUAAAAGUCACGUUGGGAGGAAAAGGGGAGAGAGAUAUCUACUUACAGCUGCUGUCAGAUAUCCGAUCGCAUUCGCAUGGCGAGGAGGUAACCUGAUCGAGCUGGGAGGAGUGACUUUACCAGGGAAGGCUUGAACAAAAAAAAUGUCUUCUUCUUCUGCCGGAGAAGUCACAACAGCAAAUGACAUCAAGAGGGAAAAUGUGAAGGAGGUGGAUACGCGGGAGUGCAUCAAGCUUGUGGCGCUGGACGCGGCGGAGUUGUCCAUGGAGCGCACGACUCCCAACACUGACGCGGUGCGCACGGAGCUGUUGGUGAGCGCCGCUUCCUCUCUGGCUUUCUCCCCGGAGCAAGUGGCGUGUGUUUGCGAGGCACUACAGCAGGGAGGAAAUGUGGACCGGCUGGCCAGGUUCCUGUGGUCCCUGCCACAGAGCGACCUGCUCCGCGGCAACGAAAGCAUCCUAAAAGCCCAAGCCCUCGUCGCUUUCCACCAGGCGCGGUACCAGGAGCUGUACAGUAUUUUGGAGAACCACAGCUUCAGCCCGUCCAACCACACCUUUCUGCAAGAUCUGUGGUACAAGGCCCGGUACACCGAGGCGGAGAAGGCGCGGGGGAGACCCCUGGGCGCCGUGGACAAGUACCGAAUCCGGAGAAAGUAUCCUCUGCCAAGGACUAUCUGGGACGGCGAGGAGACUGUUUAUUGUUUCAAGGAGAGGUCGAGAAACGCGCUGAAGGAUCUGUAUAAUCAGAAUAGGUACCCCUCUCCGGCCGAGAAAAGAAAUCUCGCCAAGAUAACAGGACUCUCCUUGACCCAAGUCAGCAACUGGUUCAAAAAUAGGAGACAGAGAGACAGAAAUCCGUCGGAGGCACAAUCGAAAAGUGAAUCUGAUGGCAACCACAGCACAGAGGAUGAGUCCAGUAAAGGCCAAGAGGAGCUGUCGCCUCGUCCCCUUUCCAAUUCAUCAGAUGGGGUGAUAACCCACGGGGCCCUUCCCAUUCAAACAGGAGCUCUGGACAGUGGGGUGGUCAUCCAACAGAUCGGGGACAUUAAGAUGCCCCCUGGAUCCAGCAGUGGGGGCCUCUACAAUGGAAGUCUAGUGAACAGUAACACGUCCUCCACUGUGUUUCACAACGGUGGCUCGUCUUACCUGCACUCACCUGGAAACAUCCUCUUCAACGGGCUCAAUCUGGGCAUCCAGCCACUGGCGUUCAACCCUCUGAGGCCGUCUGGAGGCGUGCUGCUGGGGGGCUCUGGAGUGGACAUGCAGAUGCAGACGGGACAGGACAAAGGACUGGGCAGCGCUGAGGAGUCUUCCCUGCAGUAUGCCUCCUACUCCGGCUGUGUGAACGGAGCAGAGGUGAAGCUGGAGGGGGUUCACACCAUGGCUGCCCAGAACGGAGGCUCCUCUGUGCUGACGUUCAGUUCCCCAUCAGGUGCUCUGCAGCUGGGCGGCUACAGUCUGGUCCAGGUACCAAGUGGAGUCUCUGACAGCGAUGGCAGCUCAUUACUCAACAGCGAUGUAGGUCUUCCUCCCCUGCAGCUCUCCUCUGCCUCCUCUUCCUCAACAAUUACACAGCAAGGUACCAUGGCUCUGAAUAAUGUAGCAGUGAGCUCCUCCAAUGACGACUCAUUCCAGCAGCAGGACAAGCUGACCAUGACAUCUCUGCACCACAGCACGGUCCUCUACAGCAUGAGCAACGCCAGCCAGCCGUCCAUCAAGAAGGAGCCUCUGGAGGGAGGCGUCUACUCCUCGUACCACCACGGCCUCCACCUGGACCCCAGCGGUCAGAUCAGCUACACCACCCCCAACUCAGAAGACAUCUCCUCCAGCCAAGGUCCCGCCUCGACCACCGAGGUCGCCGCCGUCAGCUCGUCCAGCCCCGAGCCGGAGGUCUACACCACCCUGACCGUCAGCACGCCUCUGAUGGCUCAGACUGACCCCAGCAACCACCACCUCCAACCCACAGAGUACCUCGGUGGCCACGAGGUCCGGGGGCCGCCAUCCUCACACCUGAUGGGCCCCGGCUUGAACAGCAACUACAUGAACCUUUCAGAGAGCAAGGUGGACGGUGCAGGUUCGGGAGGCAUUAACGUAAUGGUGCGAGCAAUGUGUGGGGAGAUGGAGGCUGCGGAGGGGAAGGAGCUAGCCAAACUACAGACAGUGCAGAUGGAUGAAGACAUGGCUGACCUUUAACCUCAAACCUCUCCCCUCGCAGAAGCACUCACGUCCGCCCGAGCAGCGAUAUGAUGAAUCUUUUUACUCCUUUGUGUGCGCGUGUGCGUGUGUGUUUUUUUUAACCAUUCAUUUCCUUUUAAAUGUUAAAUUAUUUGCAUUCAUUUGACUUUUACAAUGCACUCUAGUCAGAGAGGGGCCCUGUCAGUGGGCUUUAUCAGUUUAUCAUAAAAACAAAAAAAGCCUGUGACAUGUUUUAAAAGCCCCUUCGUAAGACGAAACAUUAUGACUGUUACGUGCUAACAGAAGAAGUCGCUGUAUGUGUUCGAGCCAUGUUUAAAUGUGCAUUUUUAUAGACAACACCUGCUGCUUCCUGUUGAGUGGAUUUGAUCUGCAGAAGCAGGUGCUGGAAUUCCUCGAGUCAUGUGACCAGGAUGUUCCUCCAAACUAAAUGCGUCAUCUGGGUCAAACCAAAAAGGUCAUUCUGUAGGGGGAAGAGGGGGAGAGCCUCGGUGAAAAUGGUCAGUUACACAGCGAUAGCUUUACUGAAGGACUGCACACACUUCCAGAAAAUAGGUCAUUAAACACUCAAAGCUGCUGAUUUAGGAAAAAGUGUCCUUCAGUAAGCACUUUAAAUUCUCUCAAAGCCUCCCAAGUCACUGCAAAAACCCUGCUUUCGUGCUUUAUAUCACACCAAACGAAUCCGGAGAGUUGCAUAUGGGGGAAACGGUUAAAACGAAUGUGCCUUUCUGCUACGUCAAACACACAAUGGCAUUAGAAGAAGUUGGCAUUUGCACUACCAUAAUGACAUUACAAUGGACACGUUUCAAACAGCCUUUACGUUGAACGCUUUGUCACGCGUGACACGCCUCAACAAAAUGCAUACUAUCUCAGCAAUGACUCCUAUUUCAAGUCUCAUCAUCAACCCGUGAGAACAAGAUAUGAAUGAUGAUCGGAAGGUCACGCCGUCGGUUCACAUGUCGUCCAUCAUAUGUUGUUUAUAAUGCUGCAACUCACAGUAUGUUAACUAGAUGAGCUGAUGCUGUACUAUAUCAUGUGUCAUUUUGAUGUGUCUCUCCAAAUGUCAUGGAUGAUAUUUUUCUAUAAAGCCAGAUGCAAACAACCACAGUGUGUAUGCUUUUGAGAAGUGUAAGGAACAAAGGGACAGAAGUGGCUUCACAGAAAAAGUAACUUUUUUUUAUACUCCCACCUAUUAAACGGAGAGGGAUUGUAAGAAUUUCUCUUUGCAUGGCAUCAUAAUGUUUUGGACACUAGUGCCUUUUGUUUUAAGCAGUUGUAGCUCUUGCGUUGGUGUACAGGCAGUAAAAUAGCAGCUUCGUGAGAUUUACCACCAACGCUUUCACUGGCACAUUUGUCGGGUGUCAGUUGAAGGAAAGACGAGGGAGUGUGGAGCCCAUUUGUCAAGUGUCUCCAGCGCUUUUCACAACAGGAGCCUGAGGUCUUACUGUCAUACAUGACCAUAAAUGCACAUUUCAACCUCACAGCCAACUCACACCAUCCACAUGCAUCACAUGUGUUCUACACUUUGUCCUCGCCAGGAUUCAUGUCAUGAUCUCAGCAAUUUUUGGAAACUAUCCUCAGUGCUUUAAUGUCAUAAACCAAAAAUUAGUUGUGGGCAAAUAGUUAAAUUGAUGGUCUUUUUUUUUUGUUUUUUUUUUUUUUAAAUCUUAGUUUGAAUUAUAUGUUUGUUAUCUGAAAUUAUGUGAAUGUAUUUUUCUAAAUCUCCAUACUGCAAUAAAAGUUUAUAUUUAUAAAACAUACAA